AUGAAACCAAAUAAGGCUCAUCUGACUGAGAUUCAGUUCAACGGUGGUGAUGUAGCCAAGAAGGUUGACUACGCGUACAGUUUCUUUGAAAAGCAAGUCCCUGUAGACGCUGUCUUCUCAAAAGACGAGAUGAUUGAUAUAAUCGGUGUUACCAAAGGAAAAGGUUAUGAAUGUGUGGUUACAAGAUUGGGAGUGACCCGUCUCCCAAGAAAGACCCAUCGUGGACUCCGCAAGGUGGCUUGUAUCGGAGCUUGGCAUCCGGCUAGAGUCUCCUACACGGUGGCUAGAGCCGGUCAAAACGGAUACCACCACCGUACUGAGAUGAACAAGAAAGUUUACCGGGUUGGUAAAACCGGGCAAGAGACUCACUCAGCCACGACAGGUUAA